AUGCCUGUACCACCUCCAGCUCCAGGGUGUCAGCCGGAGACCUGUACUAUUGCCUUGACUAGGAAAUUUAAAAAGAUAAAGCCACCAGUGUUUCAUGGCGGAAUUGAACCGUUGAAGGCCGAGGCUUGGGUCCUAGGAAUUGAAAAGUUGUUUGAAGUAUUCCUGUGUACCAAAGCUCAGAAAGUACAACUAGCAUCAUUCACCCUAGAAGAUGAUGCUAGACGUUGGUCGAUGUUAGUGCGAGAUGAUAAUAAGGAUGUCCCUUGGGCUCAUUUUCUGGAAAUCUUCUACGAGAAAUAUUUUCCCCAAUGUGUGCGGGAUAGAAAGGCAGCUGAAUUCAUGGAACUCAAGCAGGGAAAUAAAUCAAUUGCUGAAUAUGAGGCUCAGUUUAUAGAAUUAGCUCGUUUUGCACCCCACAUGGUAGAUACAAAUUAUAAAAAGGCCAGACAAUUUCAAGGAGGUUUGCACUGA